AUGUCCCCCAGCCCACUCUUUCUGGGUCUUGAUCUCUCAACGCAACAGCUGAAAGCUGUUAUAACCGAUCGACAUUCUACCGUCGUCCAUCAAGCGUCUGUACAUUUUGAUACUGAUUUACCUCUCUAUGGGACCACCGGUGGAGUUCUCAAAGGACCGGAAGACGGACAGGUCACAUCUCCAGUUGAGAUGUGGUUGGGUGCUAUCGACCUUUUGUUUGAAAGAAUGGAGAACGCAGAUGUCGACCUUAGUGCCGUAGUUGCAGUGUCUGGGGCUUGUCAGCAACAUGGCUCAGUCUUUUGGACUGACUGCGCAGAACAACUUCUUGUCGGCUUGAAUCCUUUCCAAUCGCUCGCUUCACAACUCUUUCCCUCGGCGUUUUCCUUACACAACUCGCCCACUUGGCAGGACUCAUCCACGACCGCUGCAUGCAAACAUCUCGAAGACCUCGUCGGUGGCCCACGGGCUCUUGCAGACUUGACUGGCAGUAGAGCUUAUGAACGAUUCACUGGCAACCAAAUAUCUCGGAUAUCCCGCUUAUACCCAGCUAUAUACCGUGCAACUUCCAGGAUAUCCCUUGUUUCCUCCUUUGUGCCCUCAUUAUUUCUUGGACACAUUGCCCCCAUCGAGGUCUCGGAUGCCAGUGGCAUGAAUCUUAUGAAUGUGAUUUCGUGUAAAUGGGAAGACAAACUUCUAGAAAUAUGUGGUGGGUCUGAGCUAAGAUCCAAGUUAGGACCAGAGCCUGUCGCAGGCGGAACUUUUCUGGGCAAAAUCUCUCCUUGGUGGGUUCAAAGAUGGGGAUUCAAUCAAGACUGUAUUAUCGCCUCCUUUACUGGAGAUAACCCCGCAACUGUUAUAUCUCUGUCGGCUCCCGGUGAUGCCGUCCUCUCGCUUGGAACAUCGACAACUUUCUUGCUUUCCAUUUCCCCUUCCUCCAUGAGUCCAAAAAGGUUUACUACUUCUCAUCUUCUGGCCCAUCCAACAGAACCUGGAGGUCAUAUUGCGAUGUUAUGCUACAAGAACGGUGCUCUUGCCCGUGAACAGAUCAGGGACAGGUUUGCCAACGGUAGUUGGACCGAAUUUAAUAAACUUGUUGAAGACGCACCUCCAGGGUGCGCGGACUUUCUGGGCUUUUACUUUCCCCUCCCAGAAAUAAUUCCCCCAAACGUGAAAGGAGAGUUCUAUUUUACAACAAAUUCAACCAAGGCAGAUAAGAAGUUGCCACAUCCCGUCGACGAUAUACCGCCCUCCCUUCAUCCUCGGGCUAUUCUAGAAUCCCAGUUUUUAUCAAUCCGUUCACGGAUCGCGGCCAUAUUGCCUGAAAAUUCACCCCCUCUGCAGCGUCUGGUUAUCACUGGAGGCUCAUCUGCCAAUCAGACGAUCAGGCAGCUGGCGGCGGACGUACUCAACAUGAAAGUGUUCGUCUCGACUACAAAAGAGGCUGCUGCAAUGGGCGGUGCGCUUCUUGCGAGGUAUGCAUGGCGAAAGCUGGAAAAUGACUCUGUGGAUACGAUUGACAGUGAGGCAUCCAGCGGGAUGGAGUGUGUGGCGGAACCUAUCUUGAAGAAUACCCAGGUUUAUGACAGCCUCAUCCCUAUAUACGAGGCUUGUGAAUCACAGUUGAUAUGA